GGUCCGAUGAUUCCUGACUCACUUUCGAGUUUGAGCGCCACCAAAGACCUAGUGUAAUUGAAUAAUUGUGGUUGGGUUUUAUAAUUUACAAAAUGGGUGUUAUAUUUAAAUUUGUAGUUUGUCUAAUGGCCGUGAAUUUCGUUUCCUGUGCAGUGCUACCUGAUGUGGGUAAAUGCAACCUCGAAGACUCGGCAUGCAUGACCCCAGCGUUCCAAAAGGCCUUCCCCAUGUUCAUGUCCGGUCUGCCUGAGCAAGGAGUGGAAGUGUUAGACGUUAUGAACAUGGACGAUGUUGCCUUCGACUUGUCGGGUCUCCAGUUCAGCCUUAAAGAAGGAAAACUGAAGGGCUUGAAGGCAGCAACAGUUGAUAACGUGAAAUGGAAUCUUCAAAAGAAGACCUUGUCGGUAUCUUUCCAUACGGAUGCUUCGAUCAAGGGACACUACGUUGCCUCCGGAAGGAUCUUGAUCCUGCCCAUCACUGGUGACGGACAGAUGAAACUGAAAAUGAAAAACAUCCUUAUCAAGCUGCUUAUGCACUACGAAGUUGAAAAGGACGCGCAAGGAAAGGACCACAUGGUCCCCACCAAGUAUUCCUUUGACUUCGACAUCAGAGACAACGCCCACUUCAGUCUUACCAACCUCUUCAAUGGAAAUAAGGAACUGAGUGACGCCAUGUUAAAAUUCUUAAACGAAAACUGGAAGCAGAUUUCCAUUGAAUUCGGUCGGCCUCUUGUGGACUCCGCAUCGAAGAAGAUAUUCAAAAACGUAAAGGCGUUUUUGAAAAGCGUAGCGAUAAACGACAUUGCGCAGUAUUAACUCACCUGUUAUUUUAUAUAUGUAACUACUUAAGUUGCUGUGGUUAU